CUUAUCGGCAGCAGUCUCCCCCUACCGUCACUGCCUUACGGUCUGGCUGAAUGAAUGUUGAAGACGGGCGCCGCAGCUCGGAGGAGGCAUUUCCGACAUUUCGUCUCUGACAGUCGGCAGUCUGACACCUCUGCUUCGGGAAACAUUUCAGUCCAGCCACGGACUCCGGUCCCGCGUCGUCGUCUGCGGACCCAACAGACCGAGAUCUAAGGGGAAGCAGAGCAGACCCUGCCCUCCUUGACUGGAGAGGAAAACAUUACUACUGCUCCAGCCACAGAAACCGUGUUUUCCUCCAUCAUGCAGGCCUUUGCUCUUCUCCUCAUAGCCCCAAUCUUCCUCCUGUCUCUCCUCAUCCCAGCCUGCUCCACCCAAAGCGAGGCUGACCUCAUCGUCCAGACACGUAUCGGUCGAGUCCGUGGAAUCCGCAUGCCGGUGCCGGACCGAAGCUUUGUCACUGCUUUCCUGGGCAUUCCCUUUGCAGAGCCACCAGUAGGAAAGCGCCGUUUCCGUCGUGCUGAACCAAAACGUCCAUGGACAGGGGUGCACGAGGCCAAUGCUUACCCCAAUGCGUGCUACCAGUUUGUGGAUACAUCAUUCCCUGGCUUCCAGGGCACUGAAAUGUGGAACCCCAACAGAGAGAUGAGCGAGGACUGUCUGUAUCUCAAUAUCUGGGUGCCUUCCUCACCCAGACCACACAAUCUUACAGUAAUGGUGUGGAUCUACGGAGGAGGGUUCUACAGUGGCUCUUCUUCACUGGACGUGUAUGAUGGUCGUUACCUAGCUCACAGUGAGACAGUCAUUGUGGUCUCCAUGAACUACCGAAUUGGAGCCUUUGGCUUCCUAGCCCUGCAUGGUUCAUCUGAGGCUCCUGGCAAUGUGGGUCUGCUGGACCAAAGAAUGGCACUGCAGUGGGUACAAGACAACAUCCAUUUUUUUGGUGGAAACCCAAAACAGGUUACUAUAUUUGGAGAAAGUGCUGGUGGUGCUUCAGUAGGAUUCCACCUCCUGUCUCCAGACAGCCGGUCUACCUUCACCCGCGCCAUCCUUCAGAGCGGGGUCCCCAACUGCCCCUGGGCCUCAGUCACUCCUGCUGAAGCCCGCAGACGGGCCACACUGCUGGCGAAAUUGGUUGGCUGUAACGGAGGCAAUGACACGGAGUUGGUGGACUGCAUGCGGGGUAAAUCUCCACAGGAACUCAUCGACCAGGAGUGGCAGGUUUUGCCAUGGUCAGCCCUCUUCCGGUUUUCAUUUGUACCCGUUGUGGAUGGGGAGGUUCUGCCUGACACUCCUGAGGCCAUGCUCAGCUCAGGCAACUUUAAAGACACUCAAAUCCUCCUUGGGGUCAACCAGGACGAGGGCUCCUACUUCCUGCUGUACGGAGCACCGGGCUUCAGCAAGGACAAUGAGAGCCUCAUCUCAAGAGAGGACUUCCUGGAAGGUGUCAAGCUCAGCGUACCACAUGCUAAUGAUAUUGGCCUGGAGGCAGUAGUGCUACAGUAUACCGACUGGAUGGAUGAGAAUAAUGGGUUCAAGAAUCGUGAAGCCAUGGACGACAUCGUGGGCGACCACAACGUCAUCUGCCCACUGGCCCACUUUGCCCGCUCCUAUGCCCAGCACAAUGCCCUUAAGGCUAACAUGGGAGCAACUGGAUCCGGGGUGGUGAACAGUGGAGCAAACCUACAAGGAGGGGUGUACCUCUAUCUUUUCGACCACAGAGCAUCCAACCUUGUCUGGCCUGAGUGGAUGGGUGUGAUCCAUGGCUAUGAAAUUGAAUUUGUCUUUGGCCUACCACUAGAGAAGAGGCUCAACUAUACUCUAGAGGAGGAGAAACUGAGCCGACGCAUGAUGAGAUACUGGGCCAACUUUGCACGCACUGGCAACCCAAAUGUUACAGAGGUAAAAGGCCAGGGACCCUCUCUACGGAGGCCGCCCCUUGCACUAGUCUCCUCCCUAGAACAUCUAAGUAACACCCACCAUCUUGAGGUUGGAGCCAAUCCAGAUCCAAAUAAUCUGUGCCUUAGGAAGCUUAGCAUAAAAAAGUAUUAUGCUCAACUAAUAACCUCUGUUUUAACUGUGUUUCUUUUCCUAGACAACAUCGAUGAGGCAGAGCGUCAGUGGAAAGUGGAGUUUCACCGCUGGUCCUCCUAUAUGAUGCACUGGAAGAGCCAGUUUGACCACUACAGCAAGCAGGAGCGCUGCACUGACCUCUGAGAGCUUCAGCAGAGAGAGGAGAGAAUGACAGGAAGGGGGGAAGCUGUAAACCAGGUCAUGGCCAAUUUGUCCCAUAGCCCCUCAGUGAAAUCUAAUUUCAUUAAUUUUAUUUUUUAUUUUAUUGUAUUCUGUUGCGUUGAAGACCUUAUAUAUUAUUUAUUCUAUUUAUAUACGUGUUUUUUCUGAGUUUGCGUGCUUAAAUGGAAAUUAUGAUUAUGAGGGCACUUGUCAUCUGCAUGGCGGUACAAAUGUAAAUGUCAAAUAUAUGUCAUUACCUCGUAUGUGUGUGUACUGUAUGUGUGUGUGGUUGGUGAGGCUGUCUGCAAUGAAUGGAAGUCGAUGCACUGUCCUAAUAAGGAUGGCUUUUCAAAUAGCUGUGUGCGUGUGUGUGCGUGUGUGUGUGUCUGUGCGUGCUUGGAAGCCUCCCAGUAUUAAGCGGACAUCAACAUCUCAAAAGGCCCAUUACAUUACUUAACUAAUAGUUCAAUUUCACUUGUCUUCAUGGUAAUUUCAUGAACUGUUUAACUUAGUCCUGUUCUUGUUCUUGUACGACAACUGUGCAUCUGGGUCUUUUGGGGUAGUAAUCCUUAACAGAAACAUCAACCUCUCUAAAUUUUGCCUAGUAUUGGAAAACCACUUUAAUUGAUGUGACAUGUAAGAUGCUAUCUGCUGUAGAUGCAGUCCAAACUAAAGCUGCCUACUCCACAUGACAUUAGAAAAGGGAACUUUAAAUUGUAUGGAAAAUGUAUAGCACUCCUUUGCCUUGUUUCUAUCAGUAGUGCCAUAUCUACCACCUCAGUCACUGUCUUAUCAGCAUAUCAGCAAAGAUUGACAGAAAUAGGACAGAAAGGGGUGAGCAGAGGAACUGAAAAUGCCUCACGAUUUAAUACAAUCUCAAAAUAAUAAGUGGCUAUAUGCUACACAAAUCCAAAGGGGGGAGUGACGGCAUGAGUUUAAAGGGUUGUAAAAGUUUGGAGAAUGCAUAAAAGAACUGAGAGUCAAGAAAAAAGUCGUUUUACUCUAAACUCACCAAUUGAUGUAAUUUAUAUAAUAACAAACUUCUUAACUCGGGCUAGAUAUUUUUUUAUGAUUGAUUCUCAAUUAACCAGGUCGUUAUUUUGUCUACAACAUCAGAAAACAAUGGAACAUUUCUAUCAUAUGUCCAUGGUUGUGCUUCAAAGCUAUUAUAUGGAGGAUUCGAAAAACCUUUUUCAUCUGUGCCAUUUGGUGUUGUCGUGUCUAAAGAAUACAUUGCAUCCCACAAAUAAUUCCAAUAUACCUAUAUAAUGUAUGUCCACCUGUAAUGAUAUUUCCUUGUAUCACAAUAUCAAAAAUUUUAACUAUUCCAGGUUUACUCUGUAUUUGUGUUAAAAUAUGUGAUAUUUUGACAAAUCAAUCCUUUUAGCCUCAGUAUAUUUAAAUGUCACUACGUUUUCGACUGCAAACCAACACAUCGACAAUGAAUUCAGUAUUUCCCCACCCAAAUUUAUAUGAGUAUUUAGGUUGGAGUAAUCAGUAGAUCUCAUUUAGACGUCUAUGUUUAGCAAUACAACUAAACGCAAUCUAAUUAUCUAUGAACAAUCAAAACAUUUGGAGUUUUUAAAUCUAAUUGCAUGACAUCAGUCUUAAAAAUGUUUCUACGGUCCAAUGAGAGCUAUUAAAUAGAUGCAAUAUCUUUUCUUUUUCCUCUAUUUUCCUCCAUAUUCCGUUAAUUCCCCCUUAAAUCUCACAAAGGGGAAUUAACCUUUCUAAUUCUUUCCUCUCUUUCCUUUUAUUUUUCCACCCCUUAACAUCGCACUCCUCUUCUCUUCCUGCAGUUGUUCCCCUCUCUCUAUCACCACCCUGUUGUUAGGCCCUGGUUUCUGCCUCUCCUUCCUCCACCUCUUUAAUGUUCCUCUCCACUUUGGCUGUCCUUUUCAUCUUCAUCACUAAUAAACCUCCACCCACCCUCCUGUCUUUCCUACUGUCAUUCUUUCAUCCCUUCUCCUACUCUCGUGUCAUAUGCCCUUCCCUUCUUUACACCCCCUCUCCCAUAUAUUUCUUAUUCCAGUAUCAAACUUUUCUUUAUCCCUCUUAUUUCUUUACUCCUCUAUUUCUCAGUUGCAUCACUAUCCCCUCCCCCCUAUGCAAUGUCCCUUCUCCCAUCUCACUCCAUACUCCUGCUUUCUCGUUCGUCUAAUGGAGACGCAGUAAUUCACUCAGCACCACGAUAAUGUGACAGAGUGCUGGCUCAGCCUCUGGCCUGCCGGCUAACAGGACACAAUGGAUGGAUGGAAAAUAGAAGGGAAAGGGUACAGAGUCAAAGCAAGGAGAAAGAAACUGAAAAGGAGGGGAGAGAGGGAAGAUGGAUGGGGCAGAGGGAGUGGUUGUGAUGUGAUGGAAAGAUGAAAGGACAGUCAGAGAAAUACAUUGCAUAACUUUUCCAUACAAAACUGUAUGUGAGUCGCAGCUUACGCUAUGGCACUGAUAUAUUAAAAAGAAUCAUAAUUGAACAAAAAUGUAAUUUGACCAUUGAUCAGAAUGACACAAAUUAACAAUAAUUAUCAUUGAUUUACUGAUAAAGUGUCAUAACCUGCUUUAGUUUGGGUUUGAUUGGAGGUUUUAUAUGUUUUACCUCAAAGAAGGGGCUAAAGGUUUUCUUUAUUUUAGGACUUAAACCACAGGCUAUUUAUCUCUGCUUCGGUUAUUGCAUUGGUUUGACAGUGACAGCUUUUAUUUAAAAAUCAUACACAGUUGUAUUUAGAAAACUGUACAAAAAUGCUGAAGAACAUGCCAAAUGCUGUACAAAAAAAUAUGACAUUCAGAAAUUCUUCCUUCCUUGGCCGCCAGAGGGCCGUAGAUUACGAUGAUAAAUUACUACAGAGCAUGAAAGUCCUAAAACUGGUUCCAAAAAGAUAUGGAUAUUUUGCACAAGACAUUAAAUCCAUAUGUUGUACACAUAAGUUAUAGCCUUGUAAGAACACAAUAAUCAACUUCACACGUUUCUGUGACGUUAAAUGUUAAAUGGUCUAAUGGUUAUAUAGUGCUGCUUUACAGUACAGUUUUUUUUUUUUUUGCCAAUCACACAUUCACACAUGCAUCUAUGUGCAGCUCUAUCUCUAUCAUACAUCUCUCGCACACUGAGGGUUCAGUAUCGUGCCCAAGGACACUUCGACAAGCGGAGUCGGGGAGACUGGGAUCAAACCGUUGACAUUCUGGUUAGAGGACGACCCGCUCUACCUUCUGAGAUGAAUAAAAAUAUCAUCUUCGAGGAAUGCGGUAGCUCUCUAGCAAACUUGGAAAUUAGCAUUAUCAUUUGCUGAAUGUGAAAUACAUAUACAUAUGUAGUCGUGUAUAAUUCAUCUAAUCUAUGUCUACCACUUAUUAUAACUGUGUGUGUGUGUGUGUGUGUGCGCGUGUGUGUGUAAUAUGACUAAUGUACCUGUCUGUCAAACUCUGCUAUUUUUAUUUGAACACUGGAGGGUACUGAAUCAGUGCUGAUUGGCUGGUGGCGGAUUCAGCAAAUUGUAUCUGUUGGCAUGUAAAGCUCCUAUUUAUGGAUCGGAGUAUUGUAGUCUAGCUUUAAUAAGAACUAAAUAUGAAUAAUGGAUUGCACCUGAUGUCUAAAAUAUCCGUGAAGAAUGCAUGUGUGACAGGCCGUAUGAGGUGUGAGUGACAGCUCCUCCAGCAUCUCUCAUCCUUUGGAAGACCCUGCUUAAGCCCCACCCCCCCUGCCGACCCUCUUAUCAAAUCCUUGUGCAUGUCCUGAAGCUGACUCUGUCCCUAGUAUAUCCUGCCAAACGUGGACUGUUAUUUCCUGUGAAAUUUGUACUUUUGAACAAAGCUAUUAUCAAAGUAAUAUAUCUUUAAUGUUAGGUAUGUGCAAUGUUAGCAAUAACGUAAAUACAUCAGUAAAGGAAUAUAUUUGAUAUUUAAAUGCAGUGAACAUAGAAUAUGUUAUAACAACAAUGACAGAUGGAGUUUUAAAAGCAAUAUUAUUAAGAGUGUAAAUUCAAAAUGAGUGCCAUAAACCAUUUCUUUCCUGAUAUUUUUCAGUUUUUCUGACUUUGUUUCAGUCCUCUGCCUCAUUGUUGUUUGUUCCAGUACUAAGUGUUGAAGCUUCCCAGUAUGUCUCUGUAUCAUGAAUGCUGACUUGGUUAAGCUAUAGCAACAGAAAUAAAGACAACAUGC